UCUACUAUCUCAACACAGCGUUUCUUAUUUUAGGUCUGCCUGUUUUUAAUUUUUUCUGCCAUUUCUAUGUCAGAAAAAUGUCAUCAUCAUCACUAACUUCUUUAUGACACUUUUGCAAUUUUCAAAGCACUCUUCCUUGCACUAUUUCAUUCAAUCUCUCCGAUACUCCCAGGAGGCAGGAAUUAGAUCAUUUUACAAAGGAAGACACUGAGACUCAGUGAAGUCAGGUGACUUAUAGCUAGUUAGGUUUCGUUCAGUCGUUUAUCAAAUAUUUACGGAGUGCCUGAAGUAAGAUUUACUAAGGUUGGAUUUGAAAACAGUUUUCCUGAAUUCACGUCAAGGGUUUAUUCCACUAUUCUCAAGGACUUUUAUCACCAGAGUCACAAACUCAAAGGAAGGAAAUAAUGUGUGUUGAUUUUAUUGGACCCCUACAAAACAAGUCUCAGAAAGGCUCCAAGGUCAUUUAUAAACUUCAAGGUGAUCACCAGCAGGAGCAGCCUCAUUUUUCUGUUUGCUACUUAACGCACUGUUUCACUGUAGAUAAUUCCAUUCAAUAAAUAUUUGAUAACUUUAUCUACAGGUUUCGGAGCUAUUCAAAUUGAGUUUUGACGCUUACUAGCUGUGGGACCUUGAUCAAGUUACUUAACCCUUUUGAGCUUCAGUUUUACCAUCCGUAAAACAGAAAUAAUACUAAUGCCUUCGGCCUAAAUGGUUGUAGAGAUUAAAGAAAGUAUGAAAAGAUAGAAUGCUCGUUGUAGCUGUGGUUUCUAAUGGACUUUUGAUGAAGCUCUCAACUCUGCAUUCAAAUGAGGAAAACUGUGUCCAGGUCGAUGUACGGUUACAAGCUGACAUUCUAGGGAAGUGCCGUUCUUUAUUCUGGAGGAUAUCGUCUUGCACUUUUGGUGUUAAAUUCCCUCUUUUACGGUACUGGUAGCUAUCUUCUUUACUGGUGCACUUAAUCUGGCAUCCCCACGUCGUCCUUCGUCCUCCAGCUCUCUUUCGUCCCAAAUUAAAAAAAAAAACAAAAAACUAUUUAUUCCUUAAAAUUCAAAAGUGUGCGCGACAAAGCAGACACCCACAAGGAUAGAACGCCCUACGGAGGUCACCGAGCAACGCCUCAGGAGCCGCCCCCCACAAAAGGGCGGGGCCAGAAGGCUCCCGGAUCUCAUUCCGCCUCACGUGUCGUCGCCCCCUUCCCAAUUCUCGCGAGACUUCAAGCAACUGAGCUGCGCAUAACGAGACACUGGGAGUCGAGGCGCCAAGGGAGGGGGAGGGGAAGGGGAGAAGGUGCAAACGGCGUGGCCGCCAUCUUGUUUGUACCCCCGCUUCGCGCGCGCUCCGUUCUCCGUGACGCACGCUUCCCCCUCCCCUGCGCCGUGCCCAGGCCUCUGCAUUGCCCGACUCCGCAGGAGCGCGGGGGCGGCUCCUGCUCUUCCCUGGACUCCUGAGCAGAGGCGUUUGUCAGAAUGUCCACAGAAGGAGGAUUUGGUGGUACUAGCAGCAGUGAUGCCCAGCAGAGCCUACAGUCCUUCUGGCCUCGAGUCAUGGAAGAAAUCCGGAAUUUAACAGUGAAAGAUUUCCGAGUACAAGAACUCCCACUGGCACGUAUUAAGAAGAUUAUGAAACUGGAUGAAGAUGUGAAGAUGAUCAGUGCAGAAGCCCCUGUGCUCUUUGCCAAGGCAGCCCAGAUUUUUAUCACAGAGUUGACUCUUCGAGCCUGGAUCCACACUGAGGAUAACAAGCGCCGGACUCUACAGAGGAAUGAUAUCGCCAUGGCAAUUACAAAAUUUGAUCAGUUUGACUUUCUCAUCGAUAUUGUUCCAAGAGAUGAACUGAAACCUCCAAAGCGUCAGGAGGAGGUGCGCCAGUCUGUGACUCCUGCAGAGCCCGUCCAGUACUACUUCACGCUGGCUCAGCAGCCCACUGCCGUCCAAGUCCAGGGGCAGCAGCAAGGCCAGCAGACCACCAGCUCCACAACCACCAUCCAGCCUGGGCAGAUCAUCAUCGCGCAGCCUCAGCAGGGCCAGACCACACCCGUGACCAUGCAGGUCGGAGAAGGUCAGCAGGUGCAGAUUGUCCAGGCCCAGCCUCAGGGUCAAGCCCAGCAGGCCCAGAGUGGCACUGGACAGACCAUGCAGGUGAUGCAGCAGAUCAUCACGAACACAGGAGAGAUCCAGCAAAUUCCGGUGCAGCUGAAUGCCGGCCAGCUGCAGUAUAUUCGCUUAGCCCAGCCUGUAUCAGGCACCCAAGUCGUGCAGGGACAGAUCCAGACGCUUGCCACCAAUGCUCAACAGAUCACACAGACAGAGGUCCAGCAAGGACAGCAGCAGUUCAGCCAGUUCACAGAUGGACAGAGGAACAGCGUGCAGCAAGCUCGAGGCUCUGAGCUAACGGGAGAGGCAGAGCCCAGAGAAGUGAAAGCCACAGGAAAUGCAACUCCCUGCACCUCUUCCCCGCCCACCACACACAGCCCCUCACACCGGGGUGGUGCCUCCUGUGUCUGCUGCUCCCAACCCCAGCAGAGCUCCACAUCCCCUCCUCCCUCUGACGCCUUGCAGUGGGUGGUGGUUGAGGUAUCUGGGGCCCCCAACCAACUCGAGGCCCAUAGGGAGCUGAAUGCCCCUCUCCCAGGGGUGACCUCACUCUCUCCUCUCCACCCCUCGCAGCAGCUCUACCAGAUCCAGCAAGUCACCAUGCCUGCCGGCCAGGACCUCGCCCAACCCAUGUUCAUCCAGUCAGCCAACCAGCCCUCCGACGGGCAGACCCCCCAGGUGACCGGCGACUGAGGGCCUGAGCUGGCAAGGCCAAGGACACCCAACACAAUUUUUGCCAUACAGCCCCGGGCGAUGGGCACAGAGUCCCUCCCCAGAGGACCCAGCCGACCUCAGCGCCUCCUGCAGGCUAGGACACUGGUGCACUACGCCCCAUGCCUGGGGGCAGAGAUUCUCCAACAGAAAGAUGCAAUAUUUUUUAUUUCCUUUUCUUUUUUUCCUUUUUUUCUCCAAGGAAUCAAUAUUUCAAUAUGUUGAGCUGUGUGUCCAAUGCUAUGAAAUGAAAAUAUUAAAUAACAUAUUUAUGGCAUUUUCUUGAAGAGUGUGGUUGAAGAAAUAUUUCUUUUGUUUUCCUUUUUUUGGUUCUUACCGCCACUUCUUUAUAGGAGCAAAUCUCUUCCGGGGUGUAUGUUAUCUCCUGACUCUUGGAACAGCUGCUGCCCCGGGGAUUUGCCACCCGGUUCUGCCCUCAGAUUAAAUUAGGUGACCGCGUGUAGCUUCUUUUUCACUAGUAGUCCUCUCCUCAUGCACUGCUGUUGCCCUAGCAACAUCUGAAUCCAGAGGCCGUGGAAACAUUCCUUGCAUUUAAGAGAUGAACUCAUUCACCACAGAGAGUGGAUGGUUUCAUUCCCAAACCCUUAUCUCCCGGGGACCCAAGGAGACUAGAACUUUGUGCAUUUGCCUCCCCCGACUCACCCAUUUUUUAUUUUAUUUUUAAAAUGCAUUAAAAAUUGUGCUAGUCUCCAUUGCUGCAUGGACUUCAAACUGCAUGAAAUGCAAUAAAUCUCAUUUUAGAUAA